AUGGCCUCUGCUUGUGCUCCUUCCACCAUUGCUGCUGUUGCUUACUCUUCUUCUCCCAGCACACAGAAAAAUGGUUCCAUUAUAAAAGCUUCAUUCCUUAGCGGGAAGAAAUUGAGAGUGAGCAAGUGUUGCACUGCUCCAGCUGGAGCACGAUCUGUAACCGUCUGCGCCGCAGCAGAUCCUGACCGUCCUUUAUGGUUCCCCGGCAGCGUUCCUCCUCCAUGGCUCGACGGCAGCCUCCCAGGCGACUUCGGAUUUGAUCCUUUGGGUCUUGGAUCUGAUCCAGAGACCUUGAAAUGGAACCAGCAGGCGGAGCUGGUCCACUGCAGAUGGGCCAUGUUGGGAGCCGCCGGAAUCUUCAUCCCGGAAUUCUUGACCAAGAUCGGAAUCCUCAACACACCUUCAUGGUACACCGCCGGCGAAUUGGAAUACUUCACUGACACAACCACACUGUUCGUGAUCGAAUUGGUCCUCAUCGGUUGGGCCGAGGGAAGACGGUGGGCUGACAUCAUCAAGCCCGGAAGUGUGAACACUGACCCAAUCUUCCCUCAGAACAAGCUUACCGGCACCGAUGUCGGGUACCCAGGUGGCCUGUGGUUUGACCCAUUGGGCUGGGGAAGUGGAUCACCUGAGAAAAUCAAGGAAUUAAGGACCAAGGAGAUUAAGAAUGGUAGGUUGGCAAUGUUGGCUGUAAUGGGAGCAUGGUUCCAACACAUCUACACUGGUACAGGCCCAAUUGAUAACCUGUUUGCUCACCUUGCUGAUCCCGGUCACGCCACUGUUUUUGCUGCUUUCACCAACAAGUGA